GUUGUUGAGCGCCUGCCACGGGGCACGGAGGGAGUUUUUCGAGGUGGAGGGGAGGAGCUGUGACAAGGGGGACUUCUCAAAUAGCCAGUGCCUUGGGUGCAUGUCCUGCCUCCUUCCUGCCCUGCUCUCCCGUGGAGACAAGGAGCACACGGUAUCUUUGCCACCAACAUGAGGCUUGUCCUGCUGGCAUGUCUCUGGGGUGACUGAACAUGGACAGCUCUGAAGCACAGCCUCGUCCUUGUGCUGAAAAGGUGUAGUGCAGGAUGGAAUCUCCCUGGGGACCACAGCCAAAAGCACCUCAGACAAUCAGCCUUCUACAAGAUUUAGAUGAUCGUCCCCACAAAGUGGCUCUGGGGAAUCAAAGAAGGGGAAGAACCUUUGUGGACCUUGGCCAAGAGAUAGCUCUGUGUUUUUGUGUACCCCUGAGCCCCCACAGAGCCUGCAGGGAAGACCAGCUCCUUGCAGUGGUGCAGCUGCCAAAGUACUGCUUGUAAUUAAUGAGAGCCUUACUUCCUGAUAGAGGCAUCCAGAGACUCCAGGGGAUGGCUCCAGGCUUGGCAAGACACUGUCCAGAGAGGGAAAGUUGUCCUGGGCCGGCCACUGAGUCUGUCUCUCCAGAAGGACGAUCUUCCUGCUCUACCCUGCCAACCAGGUCUUCAGGAGCUGGAUUGUAUAAGGUCUCUGCUGGUACCAUGGGACCACUGGGAAAUCUUCUCCCACCCAGGGAUACCCACAGUGGAAGCCUGGCUGCCUUUGCUGGAACCAGGAUGGAAACUGUGCUCUUCCUCUUGGCAUGUCUUUGGGGUGUUGCCAACUCAGCUCCCAUCAGACUUGCAAGUGGCCCCAGCCGCUGCGCAGGGCGGCUCGAGGUGCUUUGGGAACAGCAGUGGGGAACCGUGUGUGAUGAUAACUGGGAUCUGUCCGACGCCAUGGUCGUAUGCAGGCAGUUGGACUGUGGUGACGCACUGUCAGCCCCUGGCUCGGCUCACUUUGGUCAAGGAACUGGUCGUAUCUGGCUGGAUGACAUGAACUGCACCGGUACAGAAGCUGACCUUACUGCCUGCAGGACCAGACCCUGGGGAGAGCAUAACUGCAAUCAUGAAGAAGACGCAGGCGUUGUGUGCUCAGGAAGUAAAAAACCAGUUAAGCUGCAAUUAGUGAAUGGUUCAAGUCGCUGUGCUGGGAGAGUGGAGGUGCUUUAUGGCCAGCAAUGGGGAACUGUCUGUGAUGACAACUGGGAUAUAAUUGAUGCUGAAGUCGUAUGCCAGCAGCUGGGUUGCGGGACCGCUCUAUCUGCUCCUUCCUCAGCUUACUUUGGGCGAGGGCCUGACCCCAUUUGGCUUGAUGAUGUGAACUGCAAAGGUACCGAAGCUGCCCUCUCUGAAUGCAGUGCAAAACCUUGGGGAAGCCAUAACUGUGUGCAUGGAGAAGAUGCUGGUGUUGUGUGCUCAGGCUUUGCAGAACCUGCCCCACUUCGAUUAGUGGAUGGGUUGACCCACUGCUCUGGAAGAGUCGAGGUGUUUUAUGGCCAGCGCUGGGGAACUGUGUGUGAUGAUGGCUGGGACUUGGUCGAGGCAGAAGUGGUGUGCAAGCAGCUGGGCUGUGGGCAGGCCUUGUCGGCUCCCCGUGAGGCUUACUUUGGGCAAGGAUCUGGUCCCAUUUGGCUGGAUGAUGUCAGCUGCACAGGGACAGAAGCUGCUCUCUCCCAGUGCAGAGACCCUUCUUGGGGAAGCCAUAACUGUGGGCAUGGAGAAGAUGCUGGCGUGGUUUGUACAGGGUUUGCUGAGCUUCUUCCAGUCCGGCUGGUGAAUGGUUCGAAUACCUGCUCUGGUAGAGUCGAGGUGUUUCAUGAGCAGCAGUGGGGAACUGUCUGUGAUGACAGCUGGGAUUUGACAGAUGCUCAAGUGGUGUGCAGGCAGCUGGGCUGUGGGACAGCCAUCUCAGCGCCUGGUUCUGCUCGGUUUGGACAAGGAACUGGCCAAAUUUGGCUGGAUGAUGUGAACUGUGCUGGGGCUGAAACCAUCGUCCAUGAGUGCCGGGCCAAGCCUUGGGGAGACCACAACUGUAACCACGGAGAGGAUGCUGGUGUGGAAUGCUCAGGUGUUACGGUACCAGCUCCUGUCCGGCUCGUGAACGGUCCGACUCAUUGCGCUGGAAGAGUCGAGGUGUUUCAUGAGCAGCAGUGGGGAACCAUCUGUGAUGACGACUGGGAUACAGCUGAAGCCAGCGUUGUGUGCAGGCAGCUGGGCUGUGGGGCAGCGCUGUCAGCCCCGGGUUCAGCUCAUUUUGGGCAAGGGCCUGACCCUAUCUGGCUGGACAAUGUGAAUUGUGCAGGGAACGAAGCCGCCCUCUCUGAGUGUAAGGCCCAGCCUUGGGGGUCCCAUAACUGCAAGCAUGGAGAAGAUGCUGGUGUUGUGUGCUCAGAUAUACCAAGAAUAGCUCCACUGAGGUUAGUGAAUGGACCAAAUCGUUGCAGUGGGAGAGUUGAAGUUUUUUAUGGCCAGCAGUGGGGAACGGUAUGUGAUGACUACUGGGAUAUAAGCAAUGCUGAAGUUGUUUGCCGACAGCUGGGCUGUGGGAGAGCACUAUCCAUUGCAGCCUCUGCUUAUUUUGGAGAAGGAUCUGGCCCUAUCUGGCUGGAUGACGUGAACUGCACAGGGAGUGAAAAUGCCCUCUCCAAAUGUGAAACCACUCUAUGGGGAGUCCAUAACUGUAGGCAUGGAGAAGAUGCUGGUGUUGUGUGCUUGGGUGUUCCAGAACCAGCCCCGAUCCGACUAGUGAACGGUUCAAAUAUCUGCUCUGGUAGAGUCGAGGUGUUUCAUGAGCAGCAGUGGGGAACCGUCUGUGAUGACAGCUGGGAUUUGACAGAUGCUCAAGUGGUGUGCAGGCAGCUGGGCUGUGGGACAGCCAUCUCAGCCCCCGGCUCUGCUCGGUUUGGACAAGGAACCAGGCAAAUUUGGCUGGAUGAUGUGAACUGUGCAGGGGCUGAAAAUGCCCUCUCUGAUUGCCAGGCAAGGUCUUGGGGAGAGCACAACUGUAACCACAGAGAAGAUGCUGGUGUGGUCUGCUCAGGUGUUACGGAACCAGCUCCCGUCCGGCUCGUGAAUGGUCCAAAUCGUUGUGCUGGGAGAGUCGAGGUGUUUCAUGAGCAGCAGUGGGGAACCAUCUGUGAUGACGACUGGGAUACAGCUGAAGCCAGCGUUGUGUGCAGGCAGCUGGGCUGUGGGGCAGCGCUGUCAGCCCCGGGUUCAGCUCAUUUUGGGCAAGGGCCUGACCCUAUCUGGCUGGACAAUGUGAAUUGUGCAGGGAACGAAGCUGCCCUCUCUGAGUGUAAGGCCCAGCCUUGGGGGUCCCAUAACUGCAAGCAUGGAGAAGAUGCCGGUGUUGUGUGCUCAGGUACUCCAGAAGUGCCUCCGGUCCGGCUGGUGAAUGGCCCCACUCGUUGUGCUGGGAGAGUUGAGGUGCUUCAUAGCCAGCAGUGGGGGACGAUCUGUGAUGACAGCUGGGACUUGAGCGAUGCUGCAGUGGUGUGCCAGCAGCUGGGCUGUGGGAUGGCCAUGUCCGCCCCAGGUUCAGCUUAUUUUGGGCAAGGUUUUGGCCGUAUCUGGCUGGAUGAUGUGAAAUGCUCUGGUAAAGAAUCAGCCCUCUCUGAGUGUACAGCGAGGCCUUGGGGAGUCCAUAAUUGUAAUCAUGGAGAAGAUGCGGGCAUCGUAUGCUCAGGUGGGAUCUAAACCUCACAGAUUGUUCCAGAGUGGAGAAGAGAGAUGAUAUUGCCAGCCAACAUGAGUAUGACAUUCAUUUAACCCAAACAAAAGUGAUGUCUGAAGUCCAAAGACCAUGCAGUAUAGAAGCAAACAACUGAGACUCUGUUGUAUCACGCUCAAAUGCAAGCACCAAACUGAUGCGCCCAAAUCAGGGGCAUGUUUGCCCUGGGAACCUAUUCAGUUAAUGAAGAGAGAGAGGCAACUGCAUGGGGCAAGACAGUCCCGCUACCCUCUGAAUCACCUCAGAUGCCUCUCACUCCCCUGGCUAUAGAAGGAACUUUGGGUCAUGUUGUGUCUAAUUUGGGUACCUCUGUGCUUGCCUGCACAUGGUCCCACUGGCCACAAUUCCUGCCACAAGACAAGUUUCUAGGCAUCUUCUCUCAGGGGGUGGAGGAAAUAUUUGCAGAACACUGUUGGGCACUUGAAGUCAACUUGAAUCCUUGCACCGUCUCACAUUAGCAUCCCUUCCCUGCCCAAUAGGUCAUACAGUUCCUAUGCCAAUUCAUCCUCUUCUGCUGAUAUUGCCUCUAAUCCACAAAAGUUGUCUUGUGCUGAUGGUAGGUAUAGAGUAUAUAAACAUUUGGCUCUUGCUGUAUGGGCUUGGACAGCCUUGGGUAGCCAGCACCCUUCCCCCAGAAGUGUUCAUGUACUGCAGUGAAGUCCUCACAUAGCUUGCCCUCUCAUAAGUAGGACAGACUGAAACUCGUGGCCCUCUGAGACAUUCCCUCCAAGCCUUAAACCAUUUCUGUGCCUCUUCUCACCUUCUGUUUAAAAAAAAAAAAAAAAAAAAAAAGACAUGUACCUGAACUUCCUGUUCCUGUGGGUCUGUGUGAUGCUCUGUGUUGUGGUCAGAUCACCACCAGCUUCACCUCAUUUCUGCCCCCCCCAAGAGCCACACUAAACUAGGGCACCUCCCAAAAGCAUGAUGAUAUGAACUGCUUUAGACCUGCUUUGGAAUGAGGUGAACUGGUCUGGGAGAGGUGGACGAGAGGACACAGUCAUCUGUCCUUCCCAUAAAACUAGGUUGAGUUGGCCAACUAACUUCGAGACACCCGAUGUCAAUAUUGAGCUGAAGACCUUUGCUCUUUGCUUCAUUGGGAUUAAAGUGUUUAUGUUGUGCUGA